CCGGCCGCACCAUGCGGAGCGCCCGGGCGCUGCUGCUCGCCCUCGCCCUGCGGGUCUACGCGCUGGACACCGAGACGCCCGCCGCUGGCUGCACCUUCGAGGAGGACAGUGACCCCAGCCAGUGCGAGUACAGCCAGGGCGAGGACGAUGACUUCGACUGGGAGCUCAUCCGCAGUUACCUGAUGCCUCACCUGAUGCCUGACCUGCCUCACGGCUCCUACCUGAUGGUGAACUCCUCUCAGCACACCCCGGGCCAGAAGGCUCACCUGCUCUUCCAGGCGCUGAGCGAGAAUGACACCCACUGCCUCCAGUUUAGCUACUUCAUGUUCAGCCGGGACGGCCACAGCCCCGGCACCCUCAGCGCCUACGUCUGGGUCACCGGGGGCCUGGUGGGCAGCGCCGUCUGGAACGCGUCCGGCUCGCACGGCCGCCAGUGGCACCAGGCAGAGCUGGCAGUCAGCCUCUUCUGGCCCAGCGAGUACCAGGUGCUCUUCGAGGCCGUGGUUUCCAGCGAGCGCAGGGGGUACCUGGGCCUGGAUGACAUUUUGCUCCUGAACUAUCCGUGCUCGAAAGCGCCUCAUUUCUCCCGCCUGGGUGACGUGGAGGUGAAUGCGGGACAAAACGCCACCUUCCAGUGCGUGGCCGCCGGCAAGGCUGCCGAGGCUGAGCGCUUCCUCAUGCAGAGGCAGAGCGGCGAGGUGGUCCCUGCCGCCUCGGUGAAGCACGUCAGCCACCGGCGCUUCCUGGCCACGUUCCAGCUGGACGCGGUGUCCAAGGCGGAGCAGGACCUGUACCGCUGCGUCACCCAGUCCGCCCGCGGCGCCGGCGUCUCCAACUUCGCCGAGCUCAUCGUCAAAGAGCCCCCCACCCCCAUCGCCCCCCCCCAGCUGCUCCGGGCCGGCUCCACCUACCUCAUCAUCCAGCUCAACACCAACUCCAUCAUCGGUGACGGCCCCAUCGUGCGCAAGGAGAUCGAGUACCGCAUGACCUCGGGGCCCUGGUCGGAGGUCCACGCUGUCAACAUGCAGACCUACAAGCUCUGGCACCUGGACCCCGACACGGAGUACGAGAUCAGCGUCCUGCUCACCCGGCCCGGCGAGGGGGGCACCGGCAAACCGGGGCCGCCCCUCAUCAGCCGCACCAAGUGCGCAGAGCCCAUGCGAGCCCCCAAAGGCCUGGCUUUCUCUGAAAUCCAGUCCAGGCAGCUGACGUUGCAGUGGGAGCCACUGGGCUACAACCUGACCCGCUGCCACACCUACACCAUGUCGCUGUGCUACCGCUACUUCGUGGGCAGUGGCCACAACCAGACCUUCCAGGAGUGUGUGAAGAUGGAGCGGAACGCCAACUGCUACACCAUCAAAAAUCUGCUGCCCUACAAGAACAUCCACGUCAAGCUCAUCCUCUCCAACCCUGAGGGGCGCAAGGAGGGCAAGGAGGUGAUAUUCCAGACAGAUGAGGAUGUGCCUGGCGGCAUCGCCUCCGAGUCCCUCACCUUCACCCCGCUGGAGGACAUGAUAUUCCUGAAGUGGGAGGAGCCGGUGGAGCCCAAUGGCCUCAUCACGCAGUACGAGAUCAGCUACCAGAGCAUCGAGUCCUCAGACCCUGCGGUGAACGUUCCGGGCCCGCGGCGCACGGUGUCCAAGCUGCGCAACGAGACCUACCACGUGUUCUCCAACCUCCACCCCGGCACCACCUACCUGUUCUCGGUGCGGGCCCGCACCGGCAAGGGCUUUGGCCAGACGGCGCUCACCGAGAUCACCACCAACAUCUCCGCUCCCACCUUCGACUACGGGGACAUGCCAUCGCCACUGAGCGAGUCAGAGAGCACCAUCACGGUGCUACUGCGGCCGGCACAGGGCAGAGGGGCUCCCAUCAGCACCUAUCAGGUAAUUGUGGAGGAGGACCGGCCCAAGAAGCUGAAGCGAGAGCUGGGGGGGCAGGAGUGCUUCCCGGUGCCGCUCACCUUCGACGAUGCCGUGUCCCGUGGCUCCGUGCACUACUUCGGGGCAGAGCUGCCCGCCAGCAGCCUCACUGAGGCCAAGCCCUUCACCGUGGGGGACAACCAGACCUACAGCGGCUACUGGAACCCACCCCUGGAGCCCAAGAAGGCCUAUCUCAUCUACUUCCAGGCCAUGAGCAACCUCAAAGGGGAAACUCGGCUGAACUGUGUCCGGAUCGCUCGCAAAGCUGCCUGUAAAGAGAGCAAGCGUCCCCUGGAGGUGUCCCAGCACUCGGAGGAGAUGGGCCUGAUCCUGGGGAUCUGUGCCGGAGGGCUCAUCAUCCUGAUUAUCCUGCUGGGAGCCAUCAUCGUCGCCAUUCGGAAGGGGAGGAACUACUAUUCUUACUCCUAUUACCCGAAACCCGUGAAUAUGACCAAAGCCACCAUAAACUACCGGCACGAGAAGACACACAUGAUGAGUGCCAUCGACAGGAGCUUCACUGACCAGAGCACCCUGCAGGAGGACGAGCGCCUGGGGCUGUCCUUCAUGGACACCCACGGCUACGGAAACCGAGGCGAGCAGCGCAGCAGCGUGGUCAAUGAGUCCAGCAGCCUCCUGGGGGGCUCCCCGCGGCGGCAGUGCGGCCGCAAGGGCUCCCCGUACCACACGGGGCAGCUGCACCCGGCCGUGCGCGUGGCCGACCUCCUGCAGCACAUCAACCAGAUGAAGACGGCGGAAGGCUACGGCUUCAAGCAGGAGUAUGAGAGUUUCUUUGAAGGCUGGGAUGCUUCAAAGAAGAAAGACAAGACCAAAGGGAGACAGGAUCAUGUGUCCACAUAUGACCGUCACCGCGUGAAGCUGCACCCGCUGCUGGGUGACCCCAACUCUGACUACAUCAACGCCAACUACAUCGACGGCUACCACAGGUCCAACCACUUCAUAGCCACACAAGGGCCCAAGCAGGAGAUGGUGUACGACUUCUGGCGCAUGGUGUGGCAGGAGCACUGUUCCAGCAUUGUGAUGAUCACCAAGCUGGUGGAGGUGGGCCGGGUAAGCGUCCCUGUUCCCAUGCCAUGCCAUGCCAUGCCAUCCCUGCUGGAAGCUGCUUCUGCAGAGCCAAGCCCCCAUCCUGUGCUCUCCUUGCAGGUGAAAUGCUCCAAGUACUGGCCGGAUGACUCCGAGAUGUACGGGGACAUCAAGAUCACGCUGGUGGAGUCAGAGACAUUGGCUGAGUACGCUGUGCGCACCUUCGCCCUUGAGAGGCGCGGUUACUCGGCCCGGCACGAGGUGAAGCAGUUCCACUUCAUGUCGUGGCCCGAGCACGGUGUCCCCUACCACGCCACAGGGCUGCUGGCCUUCAUCCGCAGGGUGAAGGCGUCCACGCCGCCCGACGCCGGCCCCGUCGUCAUCCACUGCAGUGCUGGCACAGGGAGGACUGGCUGUUACAUCGUCCUGGAUGUGAUGCUGGACAUGGCCGAGUGCGAGGGCGUCGUGGACAUCUACAACUGCGUGAAGACCCUCUGCUCACGGAGGAUCAACAUGAUCCAGACGGAGGAGCAGUACAUCUUCAUCCACGAUGCCAUCCUGGAGGCCUGUCUGUGUGGGGAGACCAGCAUCCCUGCCAGCGAGUUCAAGCCCACCUACAAGGAGAUGGUGAGGAUAGAGCCGCAGAGCAACUCCUCACAGCUGCGGGAGGAGUUCCAGACCCUGAACUCGGUGACCCCACACCUGGAUGUGGAGGAGUGCAGCAUCGCGCUCCUGCCCCGCAACCGGGAGCGCAACCGCAGCAUGGACGUCCUGCCGCCCGACCGGUGCCUCCCCUUCCUUAUCUCCGUGGAUGGAGACAGCAACAACUACAUCAAUGCGGCCUUAACUGAUAGCUACACCAGGAGCGCUGCCUUCAUCGUCACCCUGCACCCGCUGCAGAACACCACCACCGACUUCUGGCGGCUGGUGUACGACUACGGCUGCACCUCCAUAGUCAUGCUCAACCAGCUCAACCAGUCCAACUCUGCCUGGCCCUGCCUGCAGUACUGGCCCGAGCCGGGGCUGCAGCACUACGGCCCCAUGGAGGUGGAAUACAUCUCGGGAGUGGCGGAUGAGGACAUCGUGUCCCGGCUCUUCCGAGUCCAGAACGUCACACGGUUGCAGGAGGGGCACCUGAUGGUCCGGCAUUUCCAGUACCUGCGCUGGUCAGCCUAUCGAGACACCCCAGACUCCAAGAAGUCCUUCCUGCACCUCCUGGCCCAGGUGGAGAGGUGGCAGAAGGAAAGUGGUGAUGGCAGGACUGUGGUGCACUGCUUUUGGAGGGACUCCUCAGGUUGCUGCAAGCCCUGUCCAUCCCUGUCCUCCCAGUGGGAUUGGCUCAUGAACACCGUGUGUGUUCCCCUCGGAUGGGACCCAGCACAUUCACAGAUGGGGAGAGACAGCAGGAAUGGAGGUGGCCGGAGCGGCACCUUCUGUGCCUCCACCAUGAUCCUGGAGAUGAUCAAGUGUCACAACAUGGCAGAUGUUUUCUUUGCUGCCAAGACCCUCCGCAACUACAAACCAAAUAUGGUGGAGACCUUGGAGCAGUACCAUUUCUGCUACGACAUAGCACUGGAAUACCUGGAGUCCCUGGAGACCAGAUAGCACCUGGCCAUGAGAGGGGCAGCAAGGGCUUGUGCAGGGGCCGUGCCAGCCGCGCUUCCCAGCUGGGCGCUGCGUCCCUGCUCGGGGUGGGGAGGGAAACAGCAAAGGACCCACCAGGAAACGUCGGAUCCAGCAAACGAAAGGACAUGGAGAUGUGUUGGCCACUCUCCGUCUUCAUCCUCCGCUCUCCAUCUUUCCUCCCUGCCCUGGGCGUGUCUGAGUGGGUGAAUCCCACAGCUCAUCCGGUUCCUUGGAAUCACAGCCUGGGGUUGGUGUGUGUGGGAUGCGGCCCUGCGGUGCUGCUGGGUCUCUGGAGCUGCUGGAGAGGAGGCCAGGGAGGGGAGGAAGAGGAGGCCAGAAGGAGCUGAGGCUGUUUCCCAUCAGAGAAGGAUGGACACUGGGAGAUGUUGCUCUUCUGUGUGCGGAAUUGAAGCUGCUCCUCGACGAGCCCGGAGGCUGCUGGAGGUUUUCCCUUGGUGGGACUCGCUCUGAGCUGGAGCACAGAUCCCCCAGGAGCUCCUGAGUUUCUGCCUGUUGGCACCAUGAGUUUGAUCCUGUUUCGGUUCUGUGAGUCCGACCCUCUGUGUAUCCAGCCCUGGCCAGACAGGGAUGAGGGAUGGGGUCACUGGCCAUGCACUGUCCCUCUGCAGGGACUGACCUGGACCCUCCACCCUUGCAGAGGGUUGGAGGGGAUGGUUCCUCAGCAUCUCCACACCUUCCUCUCCAGCUGUAGCAGUGAAUUCCUCCUGAUGUCCCACAGGCACUGGCCCAUGGGUCUGGUUUUAACCCUUCCCUUGUGCGUCACUGCAUUUGAAGCAAAAUCCUCAAAAUUCGUAUCCAUCCCAAAUACUUCUGGAUGUCACCCCUGGGCAGUUACCCAUUGAUGCUCUUGGCUUCUGCUGGGGCAGGAGGGUCGAUUUUGGGGUGGUGUUGGGUUGGGCUGAGCUGUGCCAAAGCUGUGGCCGUGUGUUGGGGCUGGGCAGGGGGAGGGCCCCACACUCCUGUGCCAUCGGGGCUGGUGGCUGAAGGUGCCUGAUGCUUUUUAGCUCCAUCCUGCUGCAGGUGGGUAUGAAAUGGCACUUCUUCCAUCUGAUGGUGUGGUAAUUACAGGGAUUCUGCUCUCAGCCUGGUUGCAAUAAAAUAAAUGGCCUUGGGAAGGUGCAGCCAGAGGGAUCCAGGUCUGGGAACGGAGGGGAGGUUGGUUCUGUCCUGAGGGCCAGGCAGAACCCUUCACCAUCACUUUUGGGGGAGAUGGAGCAGAGCAGAUGAGAAACUCUUCUCCAGAUGCUGGAGGUUGCAUGUGGGCAGCCCUGUUCUUCAUCCAUCUGCCAUCCUUCAUCCCCCAUCCGUGUUCCCCCCAUCGUCCAGCCACGCCUCCCCAGGGCAGGGGCAGCUUCCCCGCCCUGCCUGCCUGGGGCUGCCAGUCCAUUGCCAGGGAAUUCUCCCCAGGGAAUCACGGAGGCUGCACAGCUGAAAGGGCUGGAGGAGCAAACCCAGGAGCUGCUUCCAUGCACCUUCCAAGGGUGAAAGAGAGCAGGAAGAGCCAUCCCUGCCCUCUGUGCCCUUGGACAAUGUGCCACCACUGUGGUGAUGGGCAUUUCAGCACCACCCCUGACCCUUGGUUCCACCACCUCGUCCCUGAGGAAUUCACAGUGUGACAAUAACUUAUUCCAAGGGCUAUAUGACAUCAUUCCUUCCUUCUUCCCAUCCCUGCUGUCUCACGUGCUGUGUGCCCAUUCUGUUUUGUCACCAAAAGGUCUUUUUUACCCCCAAAUGGUCCAGUAACACCAGUACCUGGUAAAACCAGUACCUGGCUACCCCAGAACCCACACUGGGAUAAAUUAGUGUCCUUUUCCCAGUCCCCAUCUCUCCAUAGACCUGCCUGUGCUGUCCUGGGGAAGGUGCUGUAUGCUGGGUGCAGAAAUGGUGUGGUUUUGUAUAAAACAGCUGAGCUGAGCCUCUGACAUCCCUGGGAAUGGGAUGGGAUGCUCUGGGGGCUGUUCAGCCUUGGAGCUGGAGGGAUGCUGCUGCCUGGGCCACGCACAUCCUCCCCGUGCUCCAGAGGGAGGGAGCAUCCCACAGGGCUCUGCAGGUAAAGUAUUGCCAGAAAGAGGAAAAGGAGGGGAGUUGAAACCCCAGUUCGUCCUACAGAGACUGGAGGAGUUGUAUAUAUGUUUUAAAAUCAAGAUUUUUUCCUUUUUAUUUUGAUACCUCCUUGCUGGGUGUCUCUGGGUUUUUAGGGCAUCUCUGGUGAAGGGCAGAUUUUGAAAUCCAAGUGCUAUAAAACCCAACCCAUCUCCAACUCCUACUGCCAUGCUCCUCUGACACGAGGCAAGGACAUCCUGUACAUAGGAAUAUAUAUAGAAAUCUAUAUAUAAAAAUAUAAAUACUGUUCUUAAGAUGGAUAAUGUUUAUUGGUAUUACAGAUUGGAGUGGUGCUUUUUUUUUUUAAUAAAAACAAAACAAAAAAAAAGGAAAAAAUAAAAACCCAAGAAAAACACCAAAUUGGAACAAUUUUGUCUAUAUGCAGUCAAAGUGAUCCUAAAAGCUGGCAGCAUCCCAGAGCUGGUGCCAGAGGAACUUGGGACCAUGAGGCAGGAUGGAGCAGUGGGACCGAGGGAGGGACAUGCCUGAUGUGGAUUGUACCACACAUCCAGCUGUUGUUAAUGGUUUUAAAUUUUUUUUUGUUAUUAUAUUAUUAUUUUUGGCUUUCUUUUAAGAAAAUCGGUUGCAUAAAUAAAUGUUCCAAAUUUG